AUGUCGUACAACGAUCUCGACUACCCCCGCUCGCCUCGCGAUACCCGCGACGAUCCCGCCUUGAUGGAAUACGACGAACAACCCGCGCGGGCCAUCACCACCCCUUCUCCCCCUUCCGAUCAUCAAUCCCAUCAAACUCAACCUGAACAAAACCAACACCAUCAACGCACCGACUCCCGCUCAAACAACCACAACAACGGCAACCAUCAACGGGCUCGCUCUGACCGGUACGACGACCGCUACCUCCCCCGCCGCGCCCCCGCACCCAUCGCCGAACCCAUGCAUGCCGCUCGCUUCGAUAACAACAGGCGCGCACCUCCUCAGCCUCGCGGCGACCGGGACUGGCACAGUGCCCCCUCGCGCGACGGCGAGGGGUCGAGCGGGGCUCGCAAACAGGGAGGGCCGCUCAAGGCGGGGGCGAAUCCCGUAUUGGGUGUAUUUGGGCUGAGCAUCCGGACCAAGGAGGCGGACCUGGAGCAUGAGUUUGCAAGGCAUGGGGAGGUCGAGAAGGUGGUCAUCGUGUACGACCAAAGGGCAAGUCCUUCUCCUGCAAAACGCAAUUUCUCAAGCAAAACUGAUCGAUCUCGCGGGUUCGGCUUCAUCACUAUGCGUACGACCGAAGACGCCCAAGAAUGCGUCGACAAGCUCAACGGACAGAUGCUGCAUGGGCGCGAGAUGCGAGUGGACUUUUCGGCGACUCAGAAACCGCAUAAUCCGACUCCCGGGGAGUAUAUGGGUGCAAAGCGGCCACUCCGUCAGUUCCUGGUCACCAACUCUGUCCAACUGAAGAACGGGUGGAACCUCCUCGGCGCGACAUUCGGUAUGAUGACCGGCCGUACGAUCGAUACGAUGACCGGUACGAUGAUCGCCGCGCCGGUGAUUGGCGUCGUGGGAGCAGGGAAGAUGGGCGGGACGAGUGGGACAGGCGGGGCAGGAACGACUACGACCCGUACGGCGGCCGAAGUAGGCGAGACGACUAUGAGCGUGACCGACGCCGAUCGCCAAGCUGAUGCCCCGCAGCCCCAGAAGACGCCGCUCAAUCUCGCCGUACCGCUCGCACCACUACCCCCCGUCUCAAGAGGGGCUUCGGUACUAGAAGAAACCAAACAAGGCCGACAACCUGUCAAUAUCUAA